AUGAGUUCUUGCAGCAACAUCUGUGGGUCCAAGCAGGCACAGGCUGCUACCGAGGGCAGGUACCAGCGCUACGGAGUCCGGUCCUACCUGCAUCAGUUUUAUGAGGACUGUACCACCUCAAUCUGGGAGUAUGAGGAUGAUUUCCAGAUCCAGAGAUCACCUAAUAGGUGGAGCUCAGUAUUCUGGAAGGUCGGACUCAUCUCCGGCACAGUCUUUGUGAUUCUUGGACUGACUGUUCUGGCUGUGGGCUUUCUGGUGCCCCCCAAAAUCGAAGCCUUUGGCGAAGCCGACUUCGUGGUGGUGGACGCGCAUGCUGUGCGGUUCAACAGAGCCCUUGACGUGUGCAAGCUGGCCGGGGCCAUUCUCCUCUGCCUCGGGGGCAUGUCCAUGGCGGGGUGCCUGCUGAUGUCAGUGUUCGUGAAAAGCUACUCCAAAGAGGAAAGGCUCCUUCAGCAAAAGUUUAAAGAGCGCAUCGCAGACAUCAAGGCCCACACCCAGCCCAUUACAAAAGCCCCGGGCCCCGGGGAAACAAAGAUUCCCGUCACUCUGUCCAGGGUUCAGAAUGUCCAGCCUGUUUCAGCAACCUGA